UUCACUAACUGUGUAUAGGAUAGUUAAAGGUCCAGUUUAUUUCUGUCUAGUCACGGAGGAAGAUGUCGGACUUGUUAACAUUUGGAAAUCCUGUGUUUGGCCAGUUUGCUUUUUAUUCUGGCAUUGUAAUAUGUAAAACAAUGGCCAUGAGUUUACUGACAUCAGUUAAUAGAAUGAAAAAUCGAGCAUUUGCAAACCCAGAAGACUUUAAGCUUAGAGGGAAGCCCGGAGAUGAAGGAAAACCUGUAACAAAUGCUACAGUGGAACGCAUUAGAAGAUGCCAUCUGAAUGAUCUGGAGAACGUAAUUCCCUUUGUCUUGAUUGGAUUACUAUAUGUGUGCACAAAACCCGACCCGUCAACAGCAUUGAUGCAUUUCCGUGCUUUUACCGGAUUGAGAAUUUUCCACACAUUUGCGUACUUGUUACCCUUGCCACAACCAUCAAGAGCCUUAGGGUUUCUUUUAGGAGCUGUCGUAACUGGAUCUAUGGCAUUAGCUGUACUUAAAGCCGGCUCAUAUUAAUACAUGUGUUUGUAUACUUCAUCAAACUAAUUAAAGACCAUUAAAGCGUACCGCAUAGAUUUUGAAUAUUAGAUCAAAGAAACAUUUCAUUUCAGCAAUCAAAUAUAUCGAGUGUAAAAAUAUUAUUUUAUAGGAUGGAACUUUUGAUACUUGUACCUUUAUAAAAUAGUCAUAUCGUAUUUCUGUCAUUUGCUAUGCCUCUGAUUCUUAAAACUAUGAGAGAAAUAUCAAUCAUCCAGAAUGUGCCUUAUUUGAACAAAAAAAAAAACCCAUUCAUAUCAUAUAUAAGAAGCAUGUGGGUGUGUAUACCUUGUUUUUCCCUUCGUUAUUAUUAAACAGAUUUUUGAAAGUUGAAACAGUAUAUAUUUAUUUAGUACUUAUUUUUAUUAUUAAAACCAAAGUGAUAUA